CCCCAGUCUUCGUUCGCGGCUGAUCCAGUGUGUACUCCGGUGUACAGUGUACGGUGCCUACGUCGUUCCCGCUCAAUAACAAAAAAAUCCUGAGCUAUGGGCUGGUGGAAUGGAGAACCCACCGGACCAACUCUGUACUCGGUGCCCAACAGGACCUCGGUGACGGGGGAUGUGCCUUCAAUAGCAGCCUGUUUCGUUUUCGUUACCCUCUAUGUCGCCUUUCUCAUCAUAUUUCCAGGAGUGAGAAAAGAGAGGCUAACCACCUUCACAACCGUCACUCUAAGCCUGUUUGUCGGUAACGUUAUAAUGGUGUGCAAGAUGGGAUCGAGCUGGCACGUAGCUCGAACGAGAGUUGUAAGUUCCUACAGUGCUUUCUCGAAGGAUCUAGUACCCGCCGAAUUGGGAGCCUACAUUGGCUUGGCCCACGUCAACAUAACCCUUAUAGGUGAGAACAACAGCGGAAUCAACUUCAACGAGAGGUUCACGUGGCGAGGGUCAGGUGAGAUGGGCGCCAGCUACAGGGCAGGCUUGGAGCGAGGGCUGCCCUUCCCAAUACUCACCGUGGCGGAGUACUUCACCCUCGGCCAGGAGGGCUUCACCUGGGGUGGCAACUACAGGCAUGCCGGUUACUAUGCCUCCGUUUUCCUUUGGGCCGCCUUCGCUUGUUGGCUGUUGAGCAACCUCCUUUUGCUAGUGGUACCGAGAUAUGGAGCGGGUGCUAUGGCACUCACUGGGUGCCUCAUGCUGGCCUCCACACUCACCUACCACUGCCUACUUCCGGGCAACCCGUUGCAUGUCCGUUUUGAAGAGAGGCAUUUAACAUUUAAGUUCGGCUGGUGUUUCUGGCUUGUCGUAUUCUCAGGUGCACUAUGCUUACUCACUGGAUUAGUGAUUCUAGCCAUAGACUUCAUAUAUCCAAAUAGGUUCAGCACUAUUCUCGAAGUCGACUACGACACUCCGUAUGACAGACAUGUUAUUAUAGAGGAAAGUCACCACAAGAGGAGAGCAGGAAAAGGUUUGGAAGAACCCCCUGGUUUGGGUCGAAGAAUAUUAAGGAGAUUAUCAUCUAAAAAAGAAGAAACUGAGGGAAGAGCGAAUGCUGGUUUUGAAAUGGAUGUACCAAAAUCACCUUGGAACUAUCCACUGCACAGGCCAGCAAUGCCAUUCAGACGUCAGGAUUCGGCAUCCAGUGCUGCUUCCAGUAUAGAACCUCCACCACAGUUGGGCCGACAGCCAUUCCAGAGUUUUCGACAACCAAUUGCUGUCGAACUACAAGGUAAAGGCUGGUGAUUUUAUCUCAACUAAAGAGAUGCUGUAAAACAAUUCUUGAACAGAUAAAUUCCCUUAAACAAGUCUUUAUGUUAAAAUAUUUUCUUUGUAUAUAAAUUGUAAAUUUUUAUUAAGGGGAUUGUACCUGAUUUUGAUUAAAAAUGUCUUCUCUUAAUUUUUAAAAUGUUUUUAUAUUUAUGCCAUUGAUUAUUUAUAAAAUUCUUGACUUAUUUUAAUCAAAAUCUUAUAAUUAAUGGAGGCAAAUUGAAUAUUAGAAAAUUUGCUCAAGAAAUGUGUAUAAGAAGGAGCUUGUAAAAUAAAUUAAUAAACUAGUAAAUUAUUACAAUAAUUUUGAGACGUAUUAUUAGUGUAAUUCUUGUAAUUAUUUAUAUUGUGUUUUUUAACUGUGCGUAUUUGAUACCCACAAAAUGUGAUUAUGUAAUUCCUCAGAUUAGUUUUUAAUGGUUUUAAUAUAGUUUUGUAUCAUAAUUUUUCUAUCUCAUAUUAUACUAAUUAUCACUUUAUUAUAGUGUGUAACUGACAUUCAACUGGUAUGUUAAUUGUUAAGUUAUAAACAGUCAGUUCUGAAAAUGUAUAUGUUUUUUACAAUUUUAGGCCAAUGUGAAAAUAAAUUUAUUCAUAUGCUAUUGUAUAUUAUUGGCUCUUUAUUUUUAAUUUUAUUUCCAUGACAGUUGUUAGUACGUAUAAAUGAGUAAACAAAUAUUUUGGUUAGAGAAACUACAUAAAUAUAAAAUUUUAAGAAUUGUGAUAUAUAUAUUUUGUUAUUUAGUUAAUUUAUGGAACAAUGAUCUAAGGCACAUUUUAUGUUUAUUUGACAAAGAGGAAAAAUAAUAUUGCAUAUCUGGCUAAUAUUUAUAUUAUUUUUGUGAAUGCCGGUAAGAAGAUAUUUGGAGAACUGAGUGUAUCGUAAUUAACAGAAGCCAUAACAAAUCUUGUUUCAUCAAUAAGCAAAUAUUGAUCAAAAUGUAUUUUAGACCAUUAUAUGCAGUUAUAAUAUAAUAAUAUUUGUCAUUUUCAAAGAAAUUUGUUAUUUUAACAGUUUGUGUAACUGAAGAAUUAUCAUUAUUGUUUAUAUAAUUAAAGUCUUUUUUAAGAUAGAAGCAAAUAUAAUUUGAUAAAUAUUUACUUAAAGUCUUUUACAGUUAUUUCAUAUUUACAUUUUUUUUUUUUUAAUCAACAGAGGUGAUGUAAGAAAAUUACAAUUAAAAAAUUUAAAAUAUUCAUUUAUUCCUCAUUCCCUUAUUCUAUUUAAAUGUAUAAUUACCUAAUUACUUUUUAGAUUCCUUAGAACAAGAUUGUUUUUGCUCUUUAAAGAUUUAUUUUAAUUAGAAAUAAAUAAUAGGAGAUUCCAGACUAUUUUCAUGAUUUCUAAAACAAAAAUCAAUGUGUUUUAUUUUGUUAUAUGAAAAGUUUAUUGCAUUUUUGUUAUAGUGCUAAUUACUCAAAUUCAUGAAAAAAAUAAAAAUGUAACAGUUGACUCACAAGGCAUAAGAACACAAUCCAGUAAAGUAAUAUAUACAUACCUAUUCUAUAGAGAUUUUUCAACCAGCUUACAUCAACCUCUGACAUUUGUUUAUAUUUAUUGAUUUAAUAUUUUAAUUAAUACAAUUAUUCAAUUUGUACAAACAUGUACGUUUAAAAUAUCCUUAAACUAUUGUGAUUAAGAGAUUUGUAGAUAAUAACCCAAAAUAAUAAAAAAUACGAGGAAUGUCAAUAUAUUUCUGUUUCUACUAUUGAUCAUUUCACCAUUAAAAAUGGUUUAAUACACAUAAACACACAUGGGAGUGUGUAUUAAACUCUGUACAUACAACAAUC